AUGAACUCACACCCCCCAUCACAUUGCACAACACCAACUGGUAACAUUAAUGAAGGUCAUGUUUUAAAUAAACGUGUUUCUUGUAACGUCCCCGGUGGUAGAGUCGCUUGUAAAGCUAGUUGUGCAGCUCAAGGCCAUUUUGGCAAAGGUCAAUGUUGUCCAUGUAACAUCGCUGGAGAAAAAGUUUGUCGUUGCGUAGGCAAUUGUGGAGAUCCGGCUAAAUGUUAA